AUGUGCUCAAAAUCAACUAGAAAAACGGGAGAAUCUAUUCGUGACAAUGCAAAUCUUGAACUCCCUAUGAGCAAAAAGCGACGAUUGGAAUUUGAUCAAACUGCAAAACUCAAAACUUAUUACAAAUAUGGAGUGGAAAUCUUUGGUAUAUAUAGUAUUCAUUUUGAUUAUAUCAAAAAACCACUUUGCGAUAGUUUUGGUAAUGGAUAUGACAAUAAUAUCUGCUCUACAAUAGCCAAAGAAAUUUUCGAAAUGGUAUGCGAUGAGAAAGGAAUCAAUUCAGAGGAAUUCUUUCGAUUUGAUGACUCUGAUGAUAUUUUAUAUUCCGAGAUUAAUAUUAGUAAUUUUGUAAGUAUCUAUGAUAAGUAUGUAUAUGAUUUUAAGGGAAUUUUUAAUUUGUUACAGACCGAACGUCUACUACAUUUUCCACUAUUCUCACGAGGUUCUGAUCACAAUCCUUGUUCAAUUGAAGUUAAUGUGAAAAACUUGGGUGCCAUAGAAAAUAAUGCUAUAUUUCGAGCUCGGUUGAAUGAUACAAUUUUGAAAAAUGAAGAACAAAAACGUAUUUUUGACAGGUUUUACAAUAUCACGGAUCCUAUGGAAAACUUUCCAAUCGUUCAAGAAGAUGACAACAAAUAA